GGGCGCCGCGCGGGUGGGUGGGAUCGUGGCGGAGCUCCGGGCGCCCCGGCAGGGGCGGGAGAACGCCAUGGCGGCAGGCGGGGCGGCGGUCUCCGGGCCCCGCGCCGCGGCGAGGUGAGGGGCCGCCGCUUCUCCACGACGGCGGAGACCACCGCGGCGCGCCGGCUGCACGCGGGCCGCGCUCCGGCAUGGCCGGGAUCAUUAAGAAGCAGAUCCUGAAGCACCUGUCCCGGUUCACUAAGAAUCUUUCUCCGGAUAAGAUCAAUUUAAGUACUCUGAAAGGGGAGGGUCAGCUGACCAACCUGGAGCUGGAUGAAGAGGUUCUACAGAAUGUCCUGGAGCUGCCCACCUGGCUGGCCAUCACUCGCGUCUUCUGCAACAGGGCUUCCAUCCGGAUCCAGUGGACGAAGUUGAAGACGCAUCCAAUUUGCUUGUGUCUGGAUAAGGUGGAGGUGGAGAUGAAGACCUGUGAGGAGCCCCGGCCGCCCAAUGGGCAGUCUCCCAUCGCUCUGGCUUCGGGACAGAGUGAGUACGGCUUUGCCGAGAAGGUGGUGGAGGGCAUGUUCAUCGUGGUCAACUCCAUCACCAUCAAGAUCCACUCCAAGGCCUUCCACGCGUCUUUCGAACUGUGGCAGCUCCAGGGCUACAGCGUCAACCCCCACUGGCAGCAGAGCGACCUCCGCCUCACCCGAAUCACGGAGCCCCGCCGCGGAGAGGUGUUAACCUUUAAGGAAAUAACUUGGCAGACACUUCGGAUUGAGGCAGAUGCCACAGACAACGGGGAUCAGGACCCAGUCACCACUCCGCUGAGGCUGAUCACCAACCAAGGCAGGAUCCAGAUAGCCCUCAAGAGAAGAACCAAAGACUGCAACGUCACGGCCUCCAAGCUGAUGUUCCUGCUGGACGACCUUCUGUGGGUGCUGACGGACUCGCAGCUCAAGGCCAUGAUGAAGUAUGCAGAGUCUCUGAGUGAGGCCAUGGAGAAGUCAGCCCAGCAGAGGAAGAGCAUGGCCCCCGAGCCCGUGCAGAUCACCCCGCCUGCCCCCAGUGCCCAGCAGUCCUGGGCCCAGGCGUUUGGUGCCAGCCAGGGCGGCAGCAGCAGCGGCAACCGCCUGAGCCAGUAUUUUGAGAAAUUCGACGUGAAGGAGUCCUCCUACCACCUGCUCAUCUCCCGCCUGGACCUGCACAUCUGUGACGACAGCCAGUCCCGGGAGCCAGGUGUCUCUGCAAACAGACUCAUGGGCGGUGCUAUGCAGCUUACCUUCCGCAAGAUGGCCUUCGACUAUUACCCCUUCCACUGGGCAGGUGAUAGCUGCACGCACUGGGUGCGCUACUGUGGGGCCAUGGAGACCCGGGAGCAGUGGGCUGAGAAGCUGGUGACGGAAUUUCAGAAGAAAAUGGAGAAGUGGCACGAGGAGACGGGUCUGAAACCGCCCUGGCACCUGGGCGUGGACUCCCCGUUCCGGAAGAAAGCAGAUUCUUUCUCCAGUCCUCGCAAGAGCCCCCUGGAGAGAAGGCCCUCUCAGGGCCAGCAGCCUGCCUUUGGGCCCCCGGCGUGGAAUCGUUUACGCUCGAGCUGUCUGGUCAUCCGAGUCGAUGACCUGGACAUCCACCAGGUCUCCACAGCGGGGCAGCCCAGCAAGAAGCCGUCCACACUCCUCUCCUGCAGCCGGAAACCUCGCGACACACCCACUCAGGUCUCCGCCGUCCACAUUGAGUUCACAGAAUAUUACUUCCCGGAUAAUCAGGAGCUUCCGGUUCCGUGUCCCAAUCUCUACGUUCAGUUAAAUAAUCUCACGUUCACCGUGGAUCCUGUCAGCUUGCUGUGGGGGAACCUCUUCUGCCUGGAUUUAUACCGCAGCUUGGAGCAGUUCAAAGCUAUCUACAAGCUGGAGGAUUCGAGGCAGAAAGAUGAGCACCUGGACAUCCGGCUGGACGCCUUCUGGUUGAAGGUGAGCUUCCCCCUGGAGAAGAGAGAGCGGGCAGGGCCGCACCGGCCUCAGGCCCUUGUCUUCUCUACGUCAGGCCUGACCGCCACCAACACCCGCCAUGCUCCCCACUGUAGCGCUUCCGACCUCCAGAGUCUCUUCCGGGCUUUCGCGGCCUCUGAAUUCUUCCAUUCCAGUUCUGUCCACUUUCCCAAGGCGCCAGGUGCCUUUGGCCUCCUGCACAUGCUGUUUCUGCACCAUGCCUUCCAGAUGGACUCCCGCCUCCCCCAGCCCGGCACCCUUCCUCCUCAGAGGCCCCCGGCUUCCCAGGACCUCUGGGCCGUCCACUUCACCAAGAUCUCCUUGGAUUUUGAAGGAACAGAGAAAUUCGAAGGUCACGCCUUGAAUUUUGUGGCUCCUUUCCCCUUGUCCAUCUGGGCCUGCCUGCCCCUCCGUUGGCAGCAGGCCCAGGCCCGGAAGCGCCUUCUGGCCACAGAAGGGAGGCUAAAGCCCUCCGCAAGCUUUGGCGGCCCCAGCCCGUCCGAGACCCUCAGUGGUGACACGGUGCCCCACCAGCGGUCAAAGACCGAGCAGGACUUGAAGAGCUUAUCAGGCCUGACCGAGGUCAUGAAGGUUCUGGAAGAGGCCAGCAGUGGGGCCAACAGCAGAGGGCCCCUGACGGAGCUGGAGGAUGCGGCGGACAUCCACGUGCUCGUACACUCCCCUGCACGCGUGUGCGUGAGGCUUGACCACUACCAGUACCUGGCGCUGCUCCGCCUCAAGGAGGUCCUGCAGGGCCUGCAGGAGCAGCUCGCCCGGGACACGGAGGCCCUGACCGGGGCUGGCCUGCGGGACCGGACCGUGUGCAUCGGGGUCCUCUUCCCCCGUGCCGCCGAGGUGGCGCUGCUCAUGCAGCCGGCUCCCGGGGCCGCCGAGGCCGACUCGGGGGGCUCCGACAGCACCAGCCUCAUCGAUUCCGAGCUGUCCCCGUCGGAGGAGCGGGAGCCGAAGUCUGACAGCUCCUCCGAGCAGGGCCCGGCCAGCCCGGCCAAGGCUCCCGAGGACGGUGGUGUGGAGCAGCCCGAUGCGGUCCCGGCCGGGCCCCCGCUGCUCCCUGGCAACGGGGCAGCCCAGGAUGUGGCGUGUCCUGCGCCAGGGCCUGCAGGGAAGGGCCACGAGGCUGUCGAUUCCCUCCACGCCAAGAGACUGAGCAGAGCCCAAGUGUCCGGCUCCCUGGCCGCCUCGAAGCCUCCGGGCGCCAGGGACAGCAUAGUGUAUGGGCAGGGCGAGCUGGUGCCCUCGAAGAACACAGAGGGAGAGCUGUCCAGCGCUAUUCACAUGACCAAGGACGCCACCAAGGAGGCGCUGCAUGCCACAGUGGACCUCACCAAGGAAGCUGUGUGUAUGACCAGGGAUGCUCUCAGCCUGGGCAGAGAUCGAAUGACCUCAACCAUGCACAGGAUGCUGUCCCUGCCCUCAGCCAAGGAGCCCGUGGCCAGGACAGAAGGGGGGGUGGCCGCCCCAGCGGGUGGCAAUGCUGCACGGCUCCGAUUCUUCUCCAUGAAGAGGACAGUAUCUCAGCAGUCCUUCGAUGGCGGCUCCCUGGACAGCAGUGGCCCUGAGGACCGGAUUUCCGUGGACAGUGAUGGCAGUGACGGCUUUGUGAUGCUCCUAGAGUCCGAGUCUGGUCCUGAAUCGCUGCCCCCAGCAUCUCUUCCGAAUGUCCUGGACGGCACUGGCACUCAGGGGAGCCCGGUUGUGGAGAGUUCCGACCAGGGGUCACCAGAGGCCAACAGCUCUGCCUGCCCGCUCAGUCCCUACCUGGUCUCUGUGCUGGUCCUGCGGGUGAGUGAGGUGUCUAUGGGGAUUGAGGUGCGAGGUGAGGACUUGGCCGUGGCCCUGCAGACCCAGGACCUGGCCCUGCAGCAGCUGGGCACGGUGGGACUCUGGCAUUUUCUGCACGAGGAGUGCCCAGAUACGGCCUAUGCAGAAUCAUCAGUCUUGAAGUCCAGUCGCCUUAGACCAGCCGUGGGCCUUCGUUUCGAGGUGGGGCCUGGCGCAGCUGUCCAUUCCCCGCUGGCCACCCAGAAUGGCUUCCUGCACCUCUUGCUUCGUGGCUGUGACCUUGAGCUGCUGACUUCGGUGCUCAAUGGCCUGGGGCCUUUCUUGGAAGAUGAGGAGAUCCCAGAGGUAGUUCCCAUGAAGAUUGAGCUCCUCGACUCCAGGGUCACCUUGAAGGAUGACAUCCCCCCCAUCUAUCCCACGUCUCCCGGUCCUGUCCCUAUCACCGUGGCCAUGGAGCAUGUUGUGCUGGAGCGGAAGGACGAUGGCGUGUUCCACAUAGGAGGUGAGGGGGCCGGUCGAGAGCGGAAGGACGACAGCGUGUGCCACGUAGGAGCUGCUGCUCAGGACAGACCGUCUGCUGAAGCACCUAAAAGUGAGGAGCGGCAGGUCCCAGAGGAACAGGUGUUUUUGGUGCCUACGAGGGAGGCUUUUGGAGAGCAGGAGAAAGAACUACCUACUCUGCAGAAGGAACUUGCGGACACCAGAGCAGCCCUGGCCAGUGCCAACCAGGACCGAGAAAGACUUCUUCAGGAAAUCAGGAAAUACAACCCCCUCUUUGAGCUCUGAUAGCGGCUCAGCCGUGUGUGCCAAGGAGAGGAAGAGAUCACCAGCAAUAGUACCACCUAGGGCAGCAGACCCUGUCCGGUGGGGAACGAGUCUGCCAAGGAUGCCAGAGGGAUGAAGCGGGUGCCCGCCUCCCUCCCUGUGGUGUCCUUUGCACGAGCUGUUCAGACUUGGACGGAAGGCAGGGCGCUGCCGGACUGUGUUCCAGCAGCCCGGGGCCAGCUCUGUGUGUGGCUGCGGCGUCAUGCUGGCCUGCAGAAAGCCUCCGGCCCUCUGUCCACUCGGUGCAACGUUCUCAACACUGUAGAGCCAUUUCCGCGCCUGGUUACAUGGCAGAGCCAUUUGCUUCCUCCUCACCCACGGCAGGACUCCAUCUCCUCAGUCAUCCCUCCUCGGAGCCACCAAAGAUUCUUUGGCCCAGAGCUUCCUGUAGCAGACCCGAACCCGAGAAGCUUGAGCUUUGGCUGUGGCAGUGCAGUGGACAGGAAAUAGCCGUGAGACAGGAGGCGAGAGCGGCACCAGGCACAGGCAGCCUGCACUCCGCCUCCUGGCGAAGGGACCCAAGCUCCUGUCGUGGACUUUACAAUCAGAUUCUUUGGGACUAAGCUUCUCUCUUCUCUUUCAUCCUUGUGCUGCUGUGAUUCUGAGUAAGCAAUAGCAGUAGGUUGGUACUGUCAGUUCCCCUCAGUGACAGUUUGUGUGAAACUUAAAUCAAGGAAAAAAUACUCGGAGCUAGAUUGAAGGCAUACUGGGGUCAGGAGGGAUCAGCAGGGGAGCUUGAUUCUGAGCCCCUCUGGCCGUGUGGAGUCCCGCGGCAGCCACAGGAAUGCCUCAGAGAUACCUUCCCUGCUGGGGCCCGGGCAUUCUCCUUAGCACCGGGUGGAUUGGGAGCUGAAAGGGCAGAGGGUUUCAGCCGUGACAUAAACAUCUCUCUCCUGGCCUCUCACCUGUCUCCACCACUGGCUUUCAAAAAUCAUGUCAUUUAAAGUGAAAAAAACCCUUCAGCCUAGCUGGAUUCUGCCCCACCAUAGGGAAGAGCUCGAUCGUCCUCUUUAAUACCUAGUUCUUGCCCCGUGCUUCACCCAGGCUGCUCCGCAAAACACUUCUGAGUUGCGCCAGUUGGACAGCAGUUCAUCAGCAAACUCCCUUUGAAUUGGCACGAGUAAAAUAAUGAUUAGUUGUGUCACUAAAGUCUUAAUCACACAUGACCUAUUGGAGGAUACAUAAAAUGGUUUCCUUUGUGGGAAAUCAUGCUGAUGUUGUGGGUUUUUGUUUUCUUUUUUUUUUUUAGGAUUAAAAAACAGUGCAUUCAGGAAGGAAAAAAGAUUUGUCCAGACUUAUAAAGAACUUUUGUCAAUUAUUUUUCAAAACCUUGGUCACUGUCAGAUUAUGAUCUGGCUAUAGAGUCUUUCUGGAGAGAACAGUAAUGGAAAAUUUUCUAACAUUUGGUUUAACCUUAGUAAGAUUUUUUUAAAAUAACACUGAAACGGAAAUCUGGGUAUUACAGUGCCAUCUGAUGGCACUUCUUCCAGGCAGUGUAAAGUAAACCAGAGAGAUUUGAAAGCACACACACACACACACACACACACACACAAUGGUAGAAUCUGAAUCACAGAAACUCGGGACAGUGACAGAUUCUGUGUGGGCAGUAGAAGAAUCAGCGCUGACUUGGAGGUAGUGCGCUCUGUGAGAACUCGGAAAAGCCACCAGGCACUGCUUGAGAGGGAGGACUGAGGACUGCUGUGACGUCAGCACUGAGCACACAGCAGGACCGAGCACUGAGUUCAGUGAUGGCUUCGUCUUUCCACUGCCAGUCAUCUUCCAUAGCACUGUUCCACAUGGCUCCCACAGAGAGCAGAAACGGGAGGGGACUAGUGAUAAAUCUCUUUAGUCAAGACCAAGGGCAUGUGCAGAAGGUCCUGACAUACUAGCUGUAGAGCCUGAGGUAAAUGGAAGCACUUCUCAGAGCAACUCAGAAACUUUCGUUCCAGUCUUGCUGGCAGAAUCUGUGUGUGGGUGCAGAAACUUCAGAGGCACCCUUGAACAGCAGCUUUCUGAAAGGGAUUACAGAAACCAGAGCUGCUUGGUGAUAGAGGACAGUGACUGUGUCCCUUGACAGAUGCUCCUCAGUGCUGCUUUCAGAGGCGAAGGGAGUGUCCAACAAUGAGUCACUGACCCUCUCAGUAGCACUUGGUGGGAGGAGGGAGAGCCCGAUUGGUCUGAAAUGGCAUUCUUCCUCUCCCCCUCCCACACACCCCUCCAUGGUAUCCUCCGGAAAGAACAGACCCACAGUAGGUGCGACUUGGUGUUCCUGCACCUUAAGCUCGUGCUUGGCAGGAGACAUUAGACAAGGGUUCUCCAAGCACCAAGGCAAAUCCCUUACUCCGAGCUCAGUUGGGUGUCACGGCUCCUUGGGAUUUCUCCUUUAUGUGAUCAGUGGAACCCAAGAAUGUCUUCCUUGAUGUGGUAGGUUUGACCAUUAUAUCUUAAAAUCCUCCCUCAGGAAAAGUAGCAGGGACCACUGUCCCAUGGAAUUUUAGUAAAAUCACCUUGUAUAACUUCACUCACUGGGGGAAGGAAGACUUUCAUAAUUAAGAAAUGUGAACUAGUCAGUCGUCCUCAUGAUAAGUAUAAGGGGGAAAACUGUCAACUCCUUUUAAAUGUUUAUGAUUUCUGCCUUGGAGCUGUAAGACUGAAGAAGAAAUACCAAUACCUCAAGAAAACUGAGUGAUAGCACUGCUAUCCCUUAAAGACUUAAGCCACUGCGCUUCACUUCAGCGGUGAAGAAUUUACAACCAUGUGUCAUCUCUGAUUAUCUAGGUUUUCUGUUUACAUGGCUGCAGCAGAGCUGUGUUUUACGGCAAGUGGACCAGUAAAUCUCUCUGGUUGGAUGCAGGGAUGAUUAUUAAUCUCAAAAUCUGUUACUAGCUCACUGGAAUAUUAGUGUUCUGGGCUUAAGACAGAAGAAUGGGCUCUAAUCUCCUGAUGGUGUUUGUGCUGUAUAUUUAGUCUGACACUUUGCCACAGGCAUCAUUCUUCAUAUACUUCAUGGUUCUAAAUAGUUCCUGUUAAUGAACACACAAGGGAUAAACACCACCCAUCACAUGCCUCAUGGCCUAAAGCUUCCAUGUAACCCACUUAUAUUAGUUUUCCCUUAGGCUAGUUCAUGGGUCUGGGAAAGAAGAUAGUCUGAAAAUUUGUCACUUUGAUAUGGGUAAUACUAUCCAUUCCAGACCUUUACACACACACACACAAAGAUUUUUUUCUCAGGUAUUUAAUACACGUCUCAAUUUCUAAGAUCAUUUAUAGUAAGAACAUAAAAAGACGGAAACAACUGAAUGAGCAGUUUCAGUAGCUAGCAACUGAAAUUAAAUCAAAUACCAAAAUUGCAAAUUGGUAUUUGAGAUUUAUGAAAGCUGUGUCACAGCCUUGUGAUAUACCAUUGUUAUUCUGAAGUAUUUCAAAAAACUUUGGUAUGUUUUCCUUUCAGAAACUGGGGUCUUCCUCUCUCUUGGCCUAUCUUUUGCUAGUAUGGGAGUUCUAGGGUAGGCAUGGAGAGAAGCUAUUGUUGAAUAGGCUGUUUCUCCCAGCUGCUCACAGUCAACAUACGUGGAAACAUUCUUGGAAACCUUCAACUGUGAGAGCUCACUAACUGCCCAAAAUUGGAUGUGAUCUUUGUCCCUUGUUACCUGUAAGUUUCAGCUUUAUCCUGUCACUUAAAUUGCAGUAGGUUGUAAGUUGCUACUAAAUAAUUCCUAAAGUUGAGAUAAUACUGUUUCAUUUUUUUUCUCCCCAGCUAAUUAGUUUUUGGUCACUAAGUUGUAGUCUGAGCACUUCUUUAUGGAAUGCCUACACUGACUUUCCCAUUUCAAACCCAAGAGUCUGAACAGAAGAUACUAAACUCAGAUUUGCCCAGCUUUGUGAGCCCAGCUGUUCCCCCCACUCAGGGUGCUAAGCAGAAUUGGACUCUUUACUAAGAAAUGCUCCUAAGACAUGCUCAGGAAAGCUUCAAAAAAAGAACAAUUUCUCCCUAUGACACUGAAUGAUAGAGGGAAGAAUUCUUGGGGAUUGCCAAUUGUAUUCAGUAGCCUUAUUACUGCUAAUCACUGUCAAUAAAAGGUUACACCUUUCCCCUCUACUUGAGGAAAACAAUGAGAAUGUAUCUGAUUAACUGGAAUACUGGUCAGUAUUGGGAAAUUUUAAUGUUGCAAUAUCUAAUCAAACCUUGAGUGUACUGGUUCUGUGAACCAUCUGAAAAAUGCAAAUUAAACUUAUUGAACAGUA